AUGGAAUCAUCCGUUGAGCAAAAAUCAAGGAAACUGGCUGGUUGGGAUCUUUAUGAGUCUUUUGGCAGACCAAAGAAAAUAGUCGCUCCUAUGGUUGAUCAGUCUGAGCUUGCUUGGAGAAUUCUCUCACGCAGAUAUGGCGCUACUUUGGCAUACACACCAAUGAUAAACACAAAGCAAUAUGCUCAAUUAAAAUCCGAUUCUAAUAAGAAAAUGUGGUUUGAUAAGAUUAAUAACGAAGAAGGUUUGAUUGGUCUCGAUAGGCCGCUAAUAGUCCAGUUCGCAGCCAAUGACCCUCAGUUGCUAUUAGAAUCCGCAAAAGAUCUUGAAGGAAAGUGCGAUGCUGUCGAUUUGAAUUUGGGUUGCCCACAGCACAUUGCGAGACGUGGUCGUUAUGGUUCUUGGCUACAAGAGGAUCAAGAUUUAAUUUACAAAUUGAUCAAUACUCUACAUGAGAAUCUUGAGGAAACUCCUGUAACAGCUAAAUUUAGAGUCCUUGAUGAUGUACAACGGACCGUCGAAUACGCUCAACUUCUUGAGCGAGCAGGUGCACAAAUUCUGAGCGUGCAUGGACGCACUCGUGAAAUGAAGGGUCAACAAACGGGCCUAGCAGACUGGGAUAAGAUUAAGGCAGUUAAAGAUGCCGUUAACGUUCCUGUUUUUGCCAAUGGUAAUAUUUUAUAUCACGAGGAUGUUGAUAAAUGCCUUGAAGCAACCGGUUGCGAUGGAAUAAUGUCUGCAGAGGGUAACUUAUACAACCCUGCGAUUUUCAGUGAUAAAGCGAGGCAUCCAUCUGUUAUUAAACUUGCUAAGGAAUACCUAGAAAUAGUAAACUCCCUUAAAACGGAAACAGCUGUCAGUGCUCAAAAGUCUCACCUUUUCAAGAUAUUCAAGCCUUGUCUGAGUAGAUGGCCAGAUUUGCGGGAAAGAUUAGGUAGAGGUAACGACAAGGAGUGGAAAGAAAUUAUCGAGGAAUUUGAGAGGAGAAUAAAAUCCGAUGAAGCGUACGUAGCAGAGGAUGAAUUGUCAAAUGUACCACAACUGGAUGAGAAUGGCUAUAGAUCGGUGCCAUUUUUCUACGCACAGCCUUACAUGCGUCCUGUCAAUGUCAAUGAAGGCGACUUAGUUGAUAAUAAACAGGACAGUGAGGUGAAAAAGUUAACAGAAGAGACCUCCCUACCACAAAGAGAGCUCUUAGUGAAAAAGGAGAUACUGAAAUGCAUUGGAGAAGGAUGUGAUUCUGCUGCAUUCGGCAAGUGCUUGCGCAAAGCCUGUUUGAGUUGUUGCAGAUUGCUUGGAAACAAUAUUGGAUGUGAGGAACAUGAAGGAAAGCUCAACAAACGUAAGCAAAUACAGGAAGAAAAACGGCAAAACCAUAGAGAGCGGAAGAAAUCCAAAAUAGGAAAGUAA